GGUCAGCAGUAGUCACUAGGACCCCGCAGAUGUCUGUGAGGGGAUGGCAGCAGCAGGGCAGCACUGAGCAUGUGCGGACUGGGGCUUCUCGCCUGCUGCUCAGUUAGUUACUGAUAUAAACAGCUGGAGGUAGUGGAGCCCACAGAAUGCAGGCACCGAGCACCGUGUGACUGCUGAGUAGAUGGCACCCGGGGCACGGGCACACCAGGCUGGCACAGGAGCCGAAUUUCUCCUCUCCUUCUGCAUAGCCUAUUGGAGUGUUACUUUUUCCUCCUCCCGUAUGUCACAGAGGCUGUGAAAUACUUCCAGUAAGUUAAGAAUCCAAGAUUAUGGAGCAGACCUUUGAAACUAUUGAACAGAAUUUACAAAGGUGUAGUCAUACAUAGCUAAAAUGUGGCUACGUUUCAUGGGAACUGUAAAUGGACCUGAGCUGAAUUUUCUGAAGGAUAUUAUUUAAGAAAAUAAAUUCAAACAAUUUGUUUGGUUUCUUUUCAUUUUCACCUUUUUUUUUUUUUUUUGUUUUUUUGUUUUUUGCAUUCCUUAGUUUUUUGGCGAGGGCAUGGCCAAACCUUUUUUUAGUCUACAGAAAUUCCUAAGGCGGGCUCAGUUUUUUCUCUUCUUUCUCACCAUUGCCUACUUAAUGGCUGGAAGUCUGCUGCUUUUACAAAGGUCUUACCUGGUGAUUCAGCAAAAUAACAGAGGAACUGCUAAUGUGCAGGGCUCAGCAGUUGAUGGUUUGAUGCCUCUUGAUAGAUAUCUGGAACAAAGGAUGUUUCGAUCUUCAUACUGGAAUACAAAAGGAUUAGCAGGUGGAAAUAUUCAAGAGAAACAAGAAAGUAAUGGUUUACUUGACCAGCCACUUUGGCUGAUCUCACGAAAUUCAGAGUUAAGGCAGCUGAGAAGAAGAUGGUUUCAUAAUUUUGUGGGUGAUCGAGAACAUGGUCAGGGUGUACCCCCAAAACUACAGAAGCACACAACUGUAAAUAAAGGUACGUACAUUGGAUGCUUCAUAGAAAAUGCCGAAGAUAGGACUCUGAAGGCUACGGUAUUCUAUGAUCUGAGGAAGAUGACCAUAAGUCAUUGUCAGAGUGCCUGUGCAGAAAGAACAUAUAUUUAUUCAGGUUUGUCCUAUGGAUCCGAAUGUUACUGUGGCAACAGUCUGCCCCCAAACCGAGCCAAAGAAGAAGAAUGCAACAACGAGUGUAAAGGAGAGAAAGGUUCUGUCUGUGGAGGUGUUAGCCGUCUCUCAGUCUUCCAGCUAGAGAAACUACACACCGUGGUCAAGCAGAGAAAGAAUUCUACUUAUCGGGGAUGCUAUAGAGCUCCAGAAAACGGGACAGAUGUAUUUCCUGCAUCGUUUUACAACAUCUCUACAGAUAUGUGCUUAGAGUUUUGCUCUGCUAAAGAAUACCCCUUAGCCAUUAUCCAAUGGCCGGAAUGCUUCUGCGGUUACCCUGAGGUUCAGUUUAACCUUUAUGAACGCCUGGAUGACUAUCUUUGUUCUGGGUCCCUGAAUGACAGCAGUGGAUCAGAAGUCCCAAGAGAUGAGAAUUAUUAUUCAGUCUACCAGACUCCCAUACAAGAUACUCGUUGUACCACAAGGAGGUUCCUACCUACAAAGUCAAAAGUGUUUAUUGCCUUGUCGAGCUUUCCCGGUGCAGGAAAUACAUGGGUGAGACAUCUUAUAGAGCAUGCCACAGGAUACUACACUGGAAGCUACUACUUUGACGGGACCUUGUACAAUAAAGGCUUUAAAGGCGAAAAAGAUCACUGGAGGAGCGGCCGGACAAUAUGUGUAAAGACUCAUGAAAGUGGCAAGAGAGAGAUUGAAAUGUAUGAUUCCUCCAUUCUACUGAUUCGAAACCCUUACAAAGCCUUGAUGGCAGAGUUUAAUAGGAAGUGUGCGGGUCACCUAGGAUAUGCAACAGAGACACACUGGAAAAGUAAAGCUGGGCACUUGGGACUUUUUUCAGCAAAUAAAAGUGCUUUUCCUGGACAUGGAAUAAAGACACAAAGUACAGUACACACAGAAUGGCCAGAAUUUGUUAACAGCUAUGCAUCAUGGUGGGCUUCACAUGCCCUAGAUUGGCUUCAGUAUGGAAAGAAACUUCUUGUUGUUCACUAUGAAGACUUAAAGAAAGAAAUUAUUGGAAAUCUUAAUGAAAUGGUGUCCUUCCUUGGUGUCCCAGUAAACAAGGAUCGUCUCCUUUGUGUAGAGAACAACAAAGAUGGGAAUUUUAAGCGAAUAGGAUCCAACCAGACAGUUGUGGAUCCAUUCACACAAGAAAUGAAGAACACAAUAGAUGGAUAUAUCAGGACGGUAGAUAAAGCACUUAAAGCCAGAAACUUUACAGGCUUACCAGAGGAAUAUAUGCCGAGAUGAUAUCGGGAAAACAAGCAGUCUUUUGAGCUUGUAAGACUUUAUACACUACUGACAACUGCAGAAUCUCUCCACUGUCCUAUGUGCUUCUAAGAAGCUCCAUGUUGAAAUAGAAACAAAGUAAAGAAUAGUACAGAGCUGGCUGUAAACCAAGGCUGAAGCUAUUAACAUCUUUCUAUGUCUGUUCCUCCACUGUAAUGAUGACUGGGAGAUGUACACUUGUACAAUGUGUUUUCUGGACCUGGCUCCUUUGUUGAUGUGUGCUGCCUUUUAGCAAUAUUUUUUCAGGAAUAGUUUCAAAUGUUGCAGAGCCAGAACCUGCAACUGUCAGAAUUUCCUUCUGUAAAAAAAUAAAAAAAUAAAAUAAAGGUUGGGAGAA